AUGAGCAGUUCUCGCCUCAGUUCCAGUCGUGGAUCGAGCCAUGUUGUCAAGAGCGAGGUUCCUCGUAAAUCCAUGGCCAAAUUGGGCGAGUUAGAUGUCUACAUGGAAAAACUUUAUGAUGAUGACGUAGAAUCUAAGCUAGAAGGAGCCAAAAUGAUUUUGCAGCUUGCAGAAUUUGCUGGAUUUAUCGAAAGCCUUGUUCAGGACGAGUCACUUAUGAGUCUGCUUUCCCGCGUGCUGAAUGACGAAUACAAAAAGAGUUACGACCUCUCACUUACAUUGAUGCGUAUCUUUUGGUGUUUUUCAAAUUUUUUGCAGCUUCAUCUCGUUUUGGCGAACUAUCGAAUCGGAACUGUAACGCUUAGAAUUGUCGAGUUUGAACUAAAGCGUCAUGAUCUUCGUCUCGAAGAAGAAAAACAGCUGAUAGCCGCGGCAAAGGAUGUCUCAAAUGUAGAUACCAACUCGACGAACGAUAUUCUAGCAAAGAUUGAUCGCGAGAAAAAGCGCAACAAUAGGCGCAUGAGGAAACAAGAUCAAUUGCUCAAUGUGUGCUUUAGCGUGCUGCUAAACCUCGCAGAAGACAUUCAUACUGAGCACAAAAUGGUCAAACGGAAGGUUGUUCUAUUUCUUACUAAGUUACUGGACCGAGUAGCGCCCGACUUGGUCAUCCUGACUAUCACGUUCCUUAAAAAAUUAAGCAUUUUUGAAGAAAACAAAGAUGCUAUGGUGGAGCUUAUGGUGGUUGAAAAGCUGCUAUACGUGAAGUGCUUCGUUGACGACCGAUGCAAGUCUAUGUUUACAUAUACGGAUGCGAUUCCAAUUGUCAUGCAGUUGGUGAUAAAUUUUCCACAAAAUGUGGUGGCGAAGGAGCUUGCAGCGCUGGCAGUGAAUCUUAGCCACAAUGCGCGCAACGCUGAGCUCAUGUGUCAAAAUCGGGGACUAGAAGCCCUCGCCACUCGUGUCUUUCGCACCCGCGAUUUACUAUUGAUGAAAGUAAUUCGAAAUAUUUCACUGUGGUCCUACACAUUGCAAGAGGAUCUCGUUAGCGAAAAGGCAUACAAAUAUCGUGCCAUGUGGGCUCCAUUCGUCGUUCCUUUCAUCGAACUAUGCCUUAAUACCGAUAACCAUGACUUUUCAAUUGAAGUGUUGGCAACGCUAGCAAACAUGACACCGAAUGAUCUUUCGUCGAAAACUUCAUGGGACAUUUUAGUGACGGACCACGCAUUGAUUCCACUUUUAAACAAGUUUUUGGUGCCAGGGUUCUCACAGGAUGAUAUGAUCCUUGAAGUCGUACUCUUUGUAAGUGCGCUUGCGCUAGAACCACGGUGUGCUCCUUUAUUGUCAUCUUCUCGACUCAUACGCACCCUGCACUCUUUAUUUCAAGAAAAACAGCACGAUAGGGAGCUCACAUUGCAGCUGCUUUAUGCAUUUUAUCGGAUGUUGAGGCAUCCUGAAACUUUUGAAGAAAUCGUCUUUGGUGCAGGCUUUGUGCCGGACUUACUUCUUGUAGCUGAAUCCUCUAAUAUUGAAGUGCGUCGAAUGUGUGACAUAGUCAUGGACUUGAUUCUUGAUCACGAGUUGAAUGACAAUAAAACGAAAGGUGAGUUUGGUCAUCUAAUUUGCCGGCGUAGGUUUGAAAUUCACAAUGCUGAAUACCUUGAGAUGAUCCACGUUGAAAAGCAUAACACGAUGCUUUCCAAGCACCGGGGAAUGGAUCACAACGGUGGCAAAGCCGAUGAUGAUGAUGAGUAA